ACCGGCGCACCGCCUAAAGCAGCCAAUCCGAAAUAGCAACUGUACAUCUCCUUUUAAACGAAAUAUCAUCCAAGUAGUCCAAACACCAAACCGAUCAUAUGGUUGUUUUCUUUAAAUUGUUAUAAAAGGCUCAUCAGUCUGGAAAUAUCUUCAAUAGUCCAAGCUGUCGACAAUGUCAACCUCUUCCGGCAAAAGCGUUCCUCCUGAGAUCACCCAAGCAAUACUCCGCCGCUUACCGGUGAAAUCUCUGGGCCGCUUCAAGUCCGUUUCAAAGACAUGGAACUCACUCAUUUCCGAUCCCCAUUUCAUCAAAACCCACCUCCGUCAAACCAGAAAGUUGAUUGUCGGUUCCGGUACAUCUCUCUACUCUAUCGAUAUGAACCAACUCCUCCCAUAUCUCAACAUCAACACCAAUGACAUUCCCGUCACCGGAAAAGUACUAAACUUCCGGUCACCUCCGAUCCAGUGGGUAGAGAUCUUGGGAACCUGCAUGGGGCUCGUUUUAGCAAGAGACGACGAUGAUACGAUUUUCUUGAUGAAUCCGACCACACAAGUCCUAUGGAAACUCCCCGUUUCCCCUUUUGCACUCCCAGUUGAAGAUGAUAAGUUUUUGGGUAAGUGGCGUGCUAAGUUUUUUGUCAGGUAUGGAUUCGGUUAUGAUUCAGCCAAUGAUGAUUUUAAAGUAGUUUCUAUCUCGUUUUGGAACCCCGAAAGCGGGCUUGAUCCCGAAUGCACGGAUACGUUUGUACGCGUUUAUAGCUUGCGUAACAAUUCCUGGAGUAAAUUGCCUAAUUCUCGUUACGAUCACGGCACCUUUUACGCGGUCAGUGGGGCUCUCGUCAACCAGAAUUAUCACUGGUUGGUAAGCCGAUCGACCAUAGUUGGGUUUAGUUUCACUGAAGAAGAAUUCAGUGAAAUCAGAUUGCCCGGUUCGAUUGAGAAAGCCGGGUUUUUUGACGUGGUGGAUAUGAAUGGGAAGCUUGGUGUUUUUGUGGGUGUUGUUGAAGUGGGUUUUGAAUUAUGGGUGAUGGAGGAGUAUGGUGUUUCUGAGUCUUGGAGAUGCAUGGUUAGUUACAACGGAUUCGGAAGUCCUGUUAGGCCAGUGUGUUUGGUCGAAGGAAGCAAUCGGGAUAUUGUGUUUGAAGAUCUUGGUAGAGUUCUUGUCUAUAAUAUAGAUCAAAGAAGAUGCAGAAACGUGCGGAUGGUCGGUGGUCCAAGGCGAUUACCUGUUGGAUUGGGAGGUACGUGUUAUGUUGAAACUCUUGAAUCACCUAAGCCUCCCCAUGCCUUAUCGUCUAGGGACAUUGGUGCGUUUUCAAAUCUUUGCAAGUCCAAGUUGACCGGGUGGUAUUUAGGAGCAAAGAAAUUGCUAUCCAAAGAAUAGACUUAAGUGCAUCAUAACAACUUCACCUUUAAAUCUAUCUAGUAACUACUUUAUUAUAUUAUUAUGUUAACAACUAUAUAUGUAAGCCAGUGUAUUGGAAUUUUGUGAUGGAACCGCACUGACUGCGUUUGGUGUAGGGAUGACAAUGUGCGAUUUUGAGACGGGAUAUGGUAUUUUAAGUUUUUGACUCGGUUGUAAAAGGCAUAUAAUUAUAUUAGUAUAUUUCUACUAUAAAC